CUUAUCUCAUUUGUUUGUUUAUGUUUAUUCGAAAGUGAAAAGUGCGGUAGUUUUCGUGAUUGUAGUUCUGUUUAAUAUAUUAGUUUUUAGGUAGAAUGAUGCCUGAAAGAGAAACUCUUUAUUCUUUACCUGUGUAUCAGGUGCACCAAGACCCAUUUCUGUCAUAUACAGAAGAGCUUCACAAUUCAAGAAUUCCUCUAAUCAUUGACAAUGGAUCAUACCAGUGUAAAGCUGGAUGGGCAAUUGAAGACAAGCCAUCACUUGUAUUUAGAAAUCUUGUGGCCAAACAUCGUGGGAAAAAAGAGAGUGAAACUCAAGUUGGAAAUGAUAUCAAGAAUAUUGAAGUAGUUAGAUGGUUACUUAAAACACAGUUUGACAAGAAUGUUGUCACUCAGUUUGAUGUGCAGGAAACAGUUUUUGAUUACAUCUUUAAUCAUCUUGGAAUUAAUACACAAGGCUGUGUUGAUCAUCCAAUAGUGCUUACUGAGGCUGCAUGUAAUCCAAACUAUUCAAGACAAUUGAUGUCUGAGUUGUUGUUUGAAUGCUACAAUGUACCACAAGUGGCUUAUGGCAUUGAUUCCCUCUUCAGUUUUUAUUAUUAUAAUACCAAGCCAAAAGGUCUUUUUGGUCUUGUUGUAUCUUUAGGCUACAGUGCAUCUCACAUUCUGCCAGUUGUACGUUCAAGAUUCGAUGUUCGAAAUGCAAAACGAAUAAAUGUUGGUUCUCAGCAUAUGAUAAAUUUGCUUCAGCGCAUUCUUCAACUGAAAUAUCCUGCCCAUGCAUCUGUCAUAACUCCUAGUCGUGCUGAGUGUCUAAUGCAUGAACACAUGCAUUUUAGCCAGAGCUAUAUGGAGGACGUUCGAAAAUGGGAAGAUGAAAAUUAUUCAAAGAAAAACACACAUAUUGUUCAACUGCCAUAUGUCCCUUUACCAGGAUCAUCCUCCAGUAGUGCUAGUGGUAAGAUGGAAAAAUGCCACACAUUAUUGAAAAGAGUUCAAGCAAUUAGGCUGAAGCAGAGAGCAGAGAAGCUCUCUUUUGAUGAGGAACGUCUGCAGGAAUAUCUCUCUGUUCAAGAUCUGCUGGAAGAUGGUGAUAAUGAAGCAGUUUUAGCUUUACAAGAACUUGGUUAUACUUCUGCAACAGAACUUCAAGCAGGGAUAAAAAAAUUGAGCUGCAAUAUUAGAAAAAUCAAAAAUCAGAUUGCUUCACAACAAGAUGAACAGCAGGAUUCACCUUUAAAGAAUUGGUGUGAAGAACUGAAUUUAAAGAACUUUUCAGAUGCAGAUACCUGGAUAAAUGAUGUAAAACAAAAAAGAAAAGAAGUGGCUGAAGCUCGUCAGAAGUUAUCUUCAGACCGAUUAAAAAGCACACACAUUGGUGGAUUCAGCUCCACAACUGCAAAUGACUUAUUUGGAGGUGUAUUUGGUGAUCCUGUAGAAAUGCAAUCAUUUCAGGAAUAUACAAUGGAGCUUGAAGAAAAGAAAGAACAAAUUAAAAUUUUAGAUGAAAUCUUGGCUGAAUAUAACAAAGAGUUUUCUAAGUCAGAAGCAAAUUUUUCUUUCAAUUUAGCUGAAUAUUAUCAGUUGCAGCUGGGUAUUGAACAAAUAAGGGUUCCAGAGAUUAUAUUUCAGCCUACAAUGAUAGGAGUAGAACAAGCAGGUAUAGCAGAAACAAUAGAAAUGGUUCUUGCAAGAUAUACUCAGAAUGACCAGCAAAAGCUUUCUGAGAAUAUUUUUAUUACUGGAGGUUGUGCUAAUCUUCCUUAUAUCAAACAAAGAAUAGAAACUGAAUUACUAGCAAUGAGGCCAUUUCAGUCAAAAUUCAAUGUUCACUUAGCAGCAAAUCCAGUUAUUGAUGCUUGGAAAGGAGCUCGAAAGUGGGCCUUAAGUGAUGAUAAUUUAAGAAAGUUUUCUGUGACUCGCAGUGAAUAUGAAGAAAAAGGUGGGGACUAUAUUAAAGAUCAUUUAUGCUCGAAUCACUACAUCACAUUUCCUACUCCCACUCGCAAAGUUCAACCAGUUGUUCAGCCAGCUCCGUCUAAAUCAGAACCUGAAAUAACAUGACCUGUGAGAGUGCUUAAGCUGAAAUUUCUGAAAAGAAGGUCAUUAGCAUGUUUAUUUCCAAAAAUAGUGUGCUAUGUUCAGGAAGAACUGAAUAUAAAUUAGCAAAAAAAGAAAUGUUAAUAAUAAUUGCAGUCUAAAACUUCAUAUUACAACACUUCAAAAACAGUGUGUUAUUAAAAAAAGUAAAAAUUGUACUUUAUCAAACAAUCUUACAAAUACUUUGUAUUCUAGAAUAAUUUGUAGAAAUAUCUAAUCAUUGUCACGUGUUCUAUUCAAAUACUUUUAUAAAUCUAGAAUGUUGUAUAAAAGAAAUUAGGCAAACAAAACAAAAAAGAAACAGUU